GCAGUCGCAGUUCGCAGUCGCAGUUAGCAGUUCGCAGUCGCUGCUGUACGUUGUUCGCUGUUAGCAGUUCCCAGUUCGCAGUCCGCUCGCCAAUUUGGCCCGUAGAAGAUACUCGUAAGGCCGCUGGCACUCGCAGUCGCAGUCGCAUGCUGAGAGGAAAUAGGCGCGCUACAGAUUUCGAUUACGGUUCUGCCACUCCGGACUCCGAUUUCGAUUCCGAUUCCCCAAGAGAAGAAGAAUCCCCCCUGAAAAUCGGGGGAAGAAGAACUAGUGGCAGCCGCAGCAGCAGAAGAAGCAGCAGCAUCCAUCGAGUUAAUGGUUACAGCUGGAGAUUACAACCGCAUUGAUUGCUGCCAACGUUCCAGGAGGCAUAACAUCGAAUAACAAUAUCUGAAUUAGUGGGAAGCAGAGCUAAAAAACCGACCACUUGGCCGAAACAAACUAAAAAUAAUUUGAAGCCCAAGAAAUGUUAAAAAUAAAACUAAAAGAAAUCAACGAAUUUUCGGCGACUACAACACAAGGCGGCAGCAACCGCGGCGGCAAAAAAAUAUGAACAGAAUUAAAAAGCAGCCGCUUGGAGCUAGAAAAAAAACCCAAUCAGCGAACAGCAGCAGCAGCAGCAUAAAAAAAUUUACAAAAAAUAGAAGCCGCACACAGUAAAUAGCCAGAAAAAUUGUCGUCCAGCCGAGGUAGCCUCCUCCAUCAAACAAAAGCGGCAAAAGCAGCAGAAGCAGCAGCAACAGCAGCAGCAGCAGCGGCGGAAAAGCUACGGGAAAAUCAACGGAAAAGCGAGGCCAUCGAGAGCGUGUGGGCGGCUUUUUCGCUGGCAAGGACAGCAUUUGGUGGCCGGCCGUUGACGUUGGCAGCGACUGAAACUGUGGCUGAAACUGAGGCAGCGGCGACAUCGUUGUCGUUGGCCACUUUCGCGAAUCAAUUUCCGUUGCGGUGGCCGUGUUUCAGUUUUGGUUUCAACGUCGCCGGCGCUACGCGUGUCGUGAAUUUCCAAAUGGCGGUUCCUGUGGGUGUUGUUCCGAGUUAGACGAAGUGCGAAACAAAAUAACAUAAUCGGAAACAGUGUUAAGAGGCCAGCUACAAAGCCAAAGAAAGCGAAGCCAAAAAAAGAGAGAAAAAAAAUAGAAAACAGAGGGAAAGCCCAGACAGCCCGACUCAUGUUGUUGUGUCCCGAAAUUGGCCCGGAGCCACCGCGGCAGAGGCAUCGAACGAGUGUCGCCAGGAUACGCAAAAGACCGAGGUGUUGCUGCAGCCAAAAUGAUGGCCAACAGGAUAUCCAGCCGGAUGAGCCAACUGCAACAUCACUUAGUUAUAGCCAAAAUCAAAAUCAAAAUCACAGUCAAAGUCAAAGUCAACGCCAAAGUUUAACCCUGGCAAGGGUCACAGCGGCUGCCCUUGCCACGGCGGCCAUGUUGCACACAUCGAACGCCCUGGCCACUGGGUCCUCCACCGGAGCAGCCUCGGCAGGAUCCUCCUCCUCCGCACUGCCAUCGCAGGGCACUGCCACGCCCGCCACCCACGAACUGAAUGCCACACUGCUGAGCAGCACGGCGGCGGGACUGUUCUUCAACGAGAGCGGACUCAAGGAUCAGGGUGUGGGCACUCUAAGUCCCGACGAGGAUUGGCUGGACAACAUCGUGUGGGUGUUCAAGGCCUUCGUCAUGCUGCUCAUCAUCAUUGCGGCCAUCUGCGGCAAUCUGCUUGUUAUUAUUUCUGUGAUGCGUGUUAGAAAAUUAAGAGUUAUAACGAAUUACUUUGUAGUUUCCUUAGCCAUGGCUGAUAUAAUGGUCGCUAUUAUGGCCAUGACAUUUAACUUUAGUGUGCAAGUAACUGGGCGCUGGAACUUCAGCCCCUUCCUUUGCGAUUUGUGGAACAGCCUCGAUGUCUACUUCUCAACAGCGAGUAUUUUGCAUUUAUGCUGCAUAUCUGUGGAUAGAUACUAUGCGAUUGUUAAGCCGCUCAAGUAUCCGAUUAGCAUGACGAAACGCGUGGUCGGCAUUAUGCUCCUGAACACAUGGAUUUCGCCGGCACUGCUCUCAUUUUUGCCCAUCUUCAUUGGCUGGUAUACCACCGAAGAGCACCUGGUAUUCGUGGACAAGCAUCCGGAGCAGUGCGCCUUCGUGGUGAACAAGUACUAUGCCGUCAUCUCGAGCUCGAUUUCGUUCUGGAUACCCUGCACCAUCAUGAUAUUCACCUAUUUGGCCAUCUUCCGCGAGGCGAAUCGCCAGGAAAAGCAGCUGAUGAUGCGGCACGGCAACGCGAUGCUCAUGCACCGCCCCUCCAUGCAACCUUCGGGCGAGGCACUGAGCGGCUCCGGGUCCUCGAAAACGUUGACACUGCACGAGGUCGAGCAGGAGCACACCCCCACUAAGGACAAGCACUUAAUCAAAAUGAAGCGGGAACACAAGGCCGCACGCACGCUGGGCAUCAUCAUGGGCACCUUCAUCCUCUGCUGGCUGCCGUUCUUCCUCUGGUACACGCUCUCGAUGACCUGCGUGGUGUGCCAGGUGCCCGAUAUCGUGGUGUCGAUCCUGUUCUGGAUCGGCUACUUCAACUCGACGCUGAACCCGCUGAUCUACGCGUACUUCAACCGCGACUUCCGGGAGGCGUUCCGCAACACGCUGCUCUGCCUGUUCUGCAACUGGUGGCGGGACCGUCACUUGCCGCUGGACAUCGACAUCCGGCGGUCGAGUCUGCGGUACGAUCAGAGGGCGAAGAGCGUCUACUCGGAGAGCUACCUCAACUCGACAACUCCAUCGCACCGCCGCCAGUCGCAGAUGGUGGACAACUUAUAAUACAGGGACGAGGCGCUGCUGACCCCCAUUGCCCAGCAGCAGCAGCGGCUGGCGGCGGGCGGAUCCCGCCUGGGCGGACAAUUGGCAGCGGUCGCCGACAGGGAUCGGGAUAAGGACAAAGACCGGGACAAGGCCAAGGCGAAUGUGGACUGUCUGGCAGGCGACGACGUGCAGGAGAUCCAGAUCGAAAUACCCAUGGAGUACAUCAACAAAUGGAACAAGAACAACAAUGCCGCCGCCUCGACGGCCUCGAGUCAUGUGUAAAAUGUGUAAAUCGAUUGCAAUCGGCGGGAAAAAGAAAAAGGGAAAGAGGAAAAAGGAAAACGGGAAAGGGAAAAUCGGGGGGAAAAAGGAAUCAGUUUAAUGCAAUUAAAAUGUUCCAUUAAUUUGUAAAAUUAUUAUGCCGUCUCGUGCACGGGCUGAUUUAAUCGUAAUGUUGACAUUAAUCAAUCAGGCAUCGGAGCGUGCCAUUUCAUUUGCUUGAAAUUGCUCUUUGGUUUUUCAAUUUUACGUUCGAUUUCCGUUGCCGAGUUUCACUCGAACCCUAUGUAGUAUAACUUAUUUAUUUAUGAUUUCGUGUCGUUUAAAUCUUGUUGUAAAUACUGAGUAUUUUUGUACGACUAAAUUAAGCACAGGUUGUAAACUCAUUUCUAUAUGUACGAUAUAUAUACUUGUAUGCCAAUCGGAAAACUGUAAGCCGUAAAGCAUUUUGCUCACCCAAAAAAAAAAAAAAAAAAAACAAAAAGAAAGAAGAAAAUAACCAAAAAUAAAUUAAUUAAAAUGGCAAUCACUGCAACUCACUGAGCUAUGCGUGUGUACAUAGGGAUUCGCAAAAACGAUGAGCUAAAGCUAAAACUAAACUGUGCCAAUUAAGAGACCGCAAAUUAUAGACCACUACGAGAGAGUCCUGCAAAUUAAAGGGGAUUUCCCCCGCGCGAAAACCACACCUCCCACGCAAUUAAAAAAUCAGAAAUCAGAGAAAUUUAGUCGAGCCCCACAAAGUCACGAUUGCUAAAGCAAAGCUAAACCCAAUUGUUAUUUGAACGACAAUCGCAUGAAUUGAAAAUGCUCAAAACCUAACGUAAACCUUAUAACGUAUAUCAAGUAAACAUAGCGCAAAUAUAUAGUCGAAUCAGUAUAGGAUCCAGGCGUUCGUUCGGUUGAAAUCAAAGCUAAAGCCCACAUAAAUUAACCAGAAUAUAGUGCAUCGAUAUCAGACUAACCAAAUUACGUGAGUGUGCGUGUGUGUGUGUGUGUGUUUGUAGUUCGGGAACCGAUUCCCAAAAGCGUUUUCGUUGCAAAGUGUUUAGUGUCGAAUUGUGUGUCGCUGCGUCGAAGUAAAAGGUAAUUGCGUUGCAGUUCCUGGAAUUAAGUUGACUGUGUAGCCUGUGAGGGCAAGGCUUGAGAAAUUCUUCAGAAGUCAGCAACUUGAUUCCAGCAAUUGCGGCCCAAUAUUCCGCAACAAUAGAAAGCCCGUGAAACCCCAAGGAAAAACCAGAAACUCCACUGUGAAAUCGACUAUGAAAAGCAAUGUUAAUGCAAAUAAGGCGAAUAAAAAAAAGCAAAUAAGUGGACAAAGCAUUUUGUGUACUUUGUAUAAAUAACUAACGAACCCAUAAGAUGUUACCAAACGUUUGUUCGCAAAACUUACCGACUUAUGAUUUUCUCUCUUGCUACGCAAACCGAGCAGAAGUUCAAGAACAUUUGUCAAGUAAAUAAAUUUAUGAAAGAGGCAGAAACUUUUGAGCUGAUUUCCCAAGCUAGUCUGAAACAAAACAAAAAAAUAGCAUAAUACUGUUGCCACGAGUGGAAAACAAGGAUUAGAGCCAAAGCUCAGUAUGUAACAUAUAGAGUGUGUAUAAAUAGGUGUCUAAAUAAAUGUUAAACUUAUAGUAAGUAUUUAUUGUGUGACUUUCCCUUCGAAAAGGUGGAGUAGAACGAGCGAGAUGACCGCAAACCGAAUCUCCAAAGAACUUGUUAUAUUUUUAUAAACAGCAUCGCCCAAAAAACUAAUAUUGUAUGUGUAAUUUGUAUUUGUAUAUUGACAAGUCUGUGUAUAUGUGCGUGCGAGUUAUUUAUUACUAUUAUUACUGACAACAGGACUUUUCGUUGAAUUGUUUUCUGUUUUGCUGUGCAAUUUCCCAUGCAAAACAAAGUAGGAUCCUAACAUUAAGCCAAGCUGACAAACAAAUCUAGCCUCGAGUGGGGAGUAAACGGAAGUAAAUGGCAAACUAAGCUACUAACUAAGCGAAUAUGAAAUUCAGAUGUAUUAUAAAGCAACAUAACAAACUUCAAGUUGGAAAACAAGAACAGAAAGCGAAAUAAAUUUAAAAAACUACAAAUAUA